UCUUUCUAAGGGAGUUACUUCCCUUAAACAGCAGGGAUUUGCUAAGUAAAAGUAGCCAGUGAUACUUUUUCUUUGUUAUCUCUCCAAACCUCUUCUUAUCAUGUCCUGCAGUUUUUUUAACGGUGAGCUCUGAUAGAGGGUUCAACUCUGUUACAGUAAAGAACCAUCCCUGAAGCUCUGGCUCAAGGAGGAGGCUGCUGUGGAAAGAGAUUCCAGAGAGCUAUCCUGAGAGUAAAAGAAUGAAACUAGAAAACAGAGCUCUUAAAGCAGGGCCGGAUAGAGUGAGCAGAGAAGCUUGGAUGUGGUAGGACUGGACAAACCAAUCAACGCAGAGGGCUCUUCAAGAUGCUGCCUCCACUUGACCCUUCAGUGUCUUGUGUCUAUCUGCAGGGUAUUUUCUGAUUGACUCUCUUAGGCUGAACCAAGAGCUGCAAGAUGGAGAGUAAGUACAAGGAGAUCCUGUUACUGACGGGCCUGGACGGCAUCACUGACGAGGAGCUGGACCGGUUUAAGUUCUUCCUUCCAGAUGAGUUUGACAUCCCAAAGGGCAAACUAAAAACUGCACCCAGGACAGAACUAGCUAAUUUGAUGAUUCAAAAUGCCGGAGUGGUGUCUGCGGUGACGAAGACCAUUCACAUUUUCCAGAGGUUGAAAUACAUGCACGUGGCAAAGCGUCUUCAGGAAGAGAAGGAGAAAGUUGAUAAAUGUGAAUGUGAAAAAGAAACAAUGACUGUGAAAAAGAGAAGUCAAGCCACAAGGAGGCCUGGUGCCUCUGCAGCUGCCAGGAAUGACAGCAGGGUGCCGCUUGCAGCACUGGGAGUCCCUCCUCGCAGUAAGUCUCAGCAGAAACAGAUGGUGGCCGAGCAGGAUUCUCCCAGAGAAGGAUUGCAAAAAGGCGGUCUGAUAGUCAUGGUGCUGAAAGCAAUGAAUCCCUUUGAGUUCAAGACCCAGGAAGGGAAGCAGGAGAUGUUCCAUGCUACGGUGGCUACUGAGAAAGAAUUCUUCCUUGUAAAAGUUUUUAACACACAGCUAAAAGACAACUUCACCCCAAAGAGAACAAUUAUAAUAUCAAACUACUAUUAUAGGCACAAUGGCAUACUGGAGGUGAACAGUGCCUCACGCGUGUUUGAUGCUAAACCGAACCAAGAGGUCACUGUCCCAAAAAGCAUUAUCAGAAAAGCUGGUCAAACCCUAAAGAUCAAUAAGCUUCAAACUCAGCCCCUUGGAACCAUUGUGAAUGGGAUAUAUGUAGUCCAGAAGAAAACAGAGCAGAAGAAUUCUGUAUUAUUUGACCUAAGUGACAACACAGGGAGGAUGGAAGUACUGGUGCCUGGAAAACAGAACAAAAUAGAAUGUGAGGAAGGGGAUAAGCUUCGACUUACUUUCCUCGAGCUGGCAAGAAAUGGAGAAAAACUACAGCUGAAAUUUGGAGCGCAUAGCGACAUUAAGGUUAUUAAAACUAAAAAGAAGAAAUGAAAAGGACCAAUUCCAGCCAACUGGUCUGAGCAGCAUUUAAUUGAAGAACACCUGAUGAAGCAUCUCUACAUCGUGAGAGCGGCAGUUUCCAGGCUCCCCCUGCCCCAGAUCCACCGAAUUACUCAGGACAGGAAGAUUGUUGCAUAAACCCCAGAUGUUGACAUAUUAUCAGAAUAAAAGUGGACUUCUCAUGCAUGACAGCCCAUAGUCUAGUUUAGUUUAGGGUAGGGCUCUGUUCUAUGUAGAUAUAUACAGAUGUUGCAGUGUUCAGUAAAUCCUGUUGAAUGAAUUAAAUAACUAACAGAAAAUA